AUGCUGAGCCUGAAGUUACCCCGGCUGCUCAGCAUCAACCAAGUGCCUAAGGGGUACCAGGAGCAGGGGAUCCUCUUUGGGUAUCGCCCCCCAAGGAGCUCAGCAGCUGACUGCCUUCUCAGUGUCUUCCAAAUGACAAAUGAGACCCUAAAUAUCUGGACACAUUUUGUGCCUGCCUGGUACUUUGUGUGGACCCUGGUGGGGCGGCUGCAGGGGCCGUGGGGCCAGGAGGACCCCCACUCCUGGCCCCUCCUCGCCUACCUGCUGACCUGCUGCAUCUACCCCCUGGCCUCCAGCUGUGCCCACACCUUCAGCACCAUGUCCACCCGCGCCCGCCACAUCUGCUACUUCUUCGACUACGCGGCGCUCAGCAUGUACAGCCUGGGGUCUGCGCUGGCGUACUCGGCUUACGUCUUCCCAGCAGAAUGGGUGGGCAGCACCUUCCACCACUGCUAUGUCCCUGUGGCUGUGUUCAACACCGUUGUCAGCACCAGCCUGUCCUGCUAUUCCAGGUUUCUGGAGGUGGAGAGGCCCAGGCUCAGCAAGGCUGCCCGCACCCUGGCCUUCAUGUACCCCUACCUCUUCGACAGCAUCCCCCUCUUCUACAGGCUGUACCAGUGCGCGGCACAGAGCUGCUCGGAGCCCGCCGUCCUGCUGCACUACAGGCACACCGCGUUCGCCUUCCUCACCUGCUUCGUCUUCGCCAGCCGCCUGCCCGAGAGCCUGGCGCCCGGGCACUUCGACUACAUCGGGCACAGCCACCAGGUGUUCCACGUCUGCGGGAUCCUGGGCACGCACUUCCAGAUGGAGGCCAUCAUGAUAGACAUGGCCCAGCACCAGGACCCUCCUGCUGCCCACCCCCCUGCUGUGUACUGCAGGGUGCGGCCCCUCAGCCGCGCCGACCAGGAGGGCUGCAUCGAGGUGAUCAGCGAGACCACGGUGCAGAUCCACCCGCCCGAGGGAUUCAGGAUAUUCCGCAACGGGGAGUACCGGGAGACGCAGUAUUCGUUCAAGGAAGUGUUUGGCACCCUUGUUGCUCAGAAGCAGCUUUUUGAUGUGGUGGCCAAACCUCUGGUGGAAGAUCUCAUUCGGGGGAAAAAUGGUCUCCUCUUCACAUAUGGUGUGACAGGCAGCGGGAAGACACACACCAUGACUGGGUCUCCUGGGGAUGGAGGACUUCUCCCCCGCUGCUUGGACAUGAUCUUCAACAGCAUAGGACCCUUCCAGGCCAAGCGGUUUGUUUUUAAGCUGGAUGACAAGAAUGGUGUGGAUGUUCAGUGUGAAGUGGAUGCUCUGUUAGAGCGCCAGAAGAGAGAUGCCAUGCCUGUUCUAAAAACUCCAUCUGGCAAGCGACAAAUUGACCCCGAGUUUGCUGACAUGAUCAAUGUGCAAGAUCACUGCAAGGUGGAAGAAGUUGAUGAGGACAAUGUCUACAGUGUCUUCGUCUCCUAUAUUGAGAUCUACAACAACUAUAUAUAUGACCUCUUGGAGGAAGCUCCCUUUGAGCCUAUAAAACCAAAGUGGAACAAUUGCAACACUCCUGUGCGAAAUGGUGACUUUAUACCCCCACAAUCCAAACUGCUCCGUGAGGACCAGAAUCACAACAUGUAUGUCAUGGGGUGCACGGAAGUUGAGGUGAAAUCUACAGAAGAAGCUUUUGAAGUCUUCUGGAGAGGCCAGAAGAAGCGGCGCAUUGCCAACACGCAGCUGAACUGCGAGUCCAGUCGCUCCCACAGUGUUUUCAUCAUAAAGUUGGCCCAGGCCCCCCUGGAUGCAGAUGGAGAUAAUGUGCUACAGGAGAAAGAACAGAUCAUGCUGAGCCAGCUCUCCUUGGUUGAUCUGGCUGGGAGUGAAAGAACUAAUAGAACAAAAGCCGAGGGGAGCAGGUUGCGAGAAGCAGGUAAUAUUAAUCAGUCACUAAUGACAUUAAGAACAUGCAUUGAAGUUCUACGAGAAAAUCAGAUGUAUGGAACAAAUAAGAUGGUUCCCUACAGAGAUUCUAAACUGACUCAUCUCUUCAAGAACUAUUUUGAUGGUGAAGGAAAAGUGCGUAUGAUUGUGUGUGUUAAUCCUAAGGCUGAGGACUAUGAGGAAAGCUUGCAAGUCAUGCGCUUUGCAGAGAUGACCCAGGAGGUGGAGGUUGCCAGGCCUGUGGACAGGCCCCUCUGUGGCCUCACGCCGGGCCGGCGCUUCAGGAACCAGGCCUUCCAGGAGGAGCUCUCACGGAAGCUGGAGAUGCGGGGUGGCCCCAUUCCUGGAGAAACAGAAGAGCAAUCUGAUACAGAAAUGAUUUUGCAGCCCUUUCCUCCACUGCCUUCCUGUGAGCUAUUGGAUCCUCAUGAUGAUCAAACACUUCCAAAGCUUAUUGAAGUCCUGGAACAACGCCAUAAACUGCGACAAAUGUUGUCAGAGGAGCUUGCCAAAAAGGCGCUUUCAUUUAAAACCAAGCUGCAAGAAUUUGACUCCAGUGUUAUAUCCAAGGAAACCUAUAUUCAAGGAAAACUGUGUGAAAAAGAGAAAACAAUAGCAGGACAGAAGAUGGAGCUGGAACGCCUGGAGAAGAAAGUUAAAACUUUGGAAUACAAGAUUGAGAUUUUAGAGAAAACUGCAACCAUUUAUGAAGAAGACAAGCGAAAUCUUCAGCAAGAGCUGGAAAGCCAGAGCCAGAAACUGCAGCGUCAGGCUUCUGACAAGCGAAGGCUGGAGGCCCGGCUGCAAGGCAUGGUGGCAGAAACCACCAUGAAAUGGGAGAAGGAGUGUGAGCGACGUGUAGCAGCAAAGCAGCUGGAGAUGCAGAACAAACUUUGGGUCAAAGAUGAAAAACUGAAGCAACUGAAGGCCAUUGUUACUGAACCAAAGAAUGAAAAGCCAGAGAGGCCCUCACGGGAGAGAGACCGAGAGAAGGCUGUUCAGAGACCAAUGUCUCCUUCACCAGUACCUAACGCGCCUCCCGUUCGCCUCAGACACAGACGGUCGCGCUCGGCUGGGGAGCGAUGGGUGGAUCACAAACCACCCUCUAACCUGCCCACUGACACAGUCCUGCAGCCCCUCGUCCCUCAUGCCAUCACGGUAGCAGCUGCCAGUGAAAAGGCACUGGCCAAGUGUGACAAGUACAUGCUGACGCACCAGGAGCUGGCCUCUGAUGGGGAGAUUGAGACCAAACUCAUCAAGGGGGAUGUUUUCAAAACCAGGGGUGGUGGACAGGCUGUGCAGUUCACAGAAAUAGAGACCUUGAAGCAAGAAUCUCCAACUGGUCGAAAGCGAAGAUCUUCCCCUCCCCAUCCUGACCCACCUGAAGAUGCUGCAGACUCGGAAUGGACUGAUGUAGAAACCAGAUGUUCUGUGGCAGUGGAGAUGAGGGCAGGAUCAGCUCUUGGACCUGGGUUCCAGCAUCAUGCUCAGCCCAAGCGAAGAAAACCAUGAGCCUCCCGUGCUGCUGUGCUGGGAUCCUCUGGGUUUGAUCAGACUGAUGUAUUAUCUGCUGCCAGUGAUAAGCUUGAUCAACUGCUCUCUUAUCCCUACAGGCUUAUCUUUUUAUGGUGCCCUGUGCUAGGCAGGGGUUACAUGGGAGACACUUGUUCCAAUCCCAAAGAAGUGUGGGUGUGAAUGUUUCAGUAGAUCCUGGGGGGUUCUGCCAUUGUGUCAUCUGGACUUGUGAAGAACACCUUCUGCCUGGGGUGUAUGGAAGCCCCUGUUAAGCUGUAUCUUUAUAAACUAAUGACACAAGGCUUUUGCCUUGCAUAUUUUUUCAGCUUUUUAUAGUGCAAAAAACUUCUGGUCUCUGUCCCUUCCUCGUCAGGGCCUCUGUUUUGAAGAGGCAUAAAUGCUGCUAUUUAUUUAGAUGCAGUAACGCACUUUAAGAGUGUUCCCAUGCCAUUUAGUAUUUUAUUAUAACUAGCAACAGCUUGGUGAUAUGGAUUUCCUCUUGGAAGAAUUACCUUUGACUAUUUAAUAUGCAAAUCAGCUUCUGAAAGCAAUUUCGACCUUCAAACCUUCAUAGUAACGAAGCGAAAAUACUGAUAGGAUGAGUAACGGUGCCUGGACAUCAGACCUACUUUAUUGUGUAGUGCAAGUAAAUAAUUAAAUGUUUUACAUGUGUAGAUAGGAGGUAAAAGGGUAAUUUGGUCACAGAUACGGUGAGAGCUUUAUAUGUGUGGCUCUGCAAACAUGUUAAAAUAAAUACUUUUAUUCAA